AUGCAAAGCAUAGGAGGCGCUAUCUUCCAGAAUGAACUGAAAGCCCAGCUGAAAGAUCAGGCCUCGUUGGAGUACAAGCAGAUCGAGAUGCUUCUUGAUGCUGGAGCCCUAAAGGUGCGGGAAGUCGCGCUGCAUGCGUUUCCGGACCGCUUGGCCGAUAUUAUUGUUGCAUACAAUAACGCCAUCCGAACUAUUUUUUAUCUUCCUAUAGCUGGUAGCGCUCUGGCGUUUAUCCUAUCCGGUGGAGUCCCAUGGGUCGAUACUCGCCGAAAGAAAGAAGAUAAUGAAAUGGGUUGUACAGAGGAAAUCGAUAAGCUUCAGUCAGACAAGCAGGCAACUGUGUGA